AUGGGUGCUCUGUGUAGUUGCGGUAAAGGCGACCCGAAACCAGCGCUGAAACAUGUACAAAUCAAACCAUUUGUUGCGACCGAAUCUAAUGCAAAUCAAUCUUCAACAGUUAUUCAUUCUUCUGAAGAAAUUCUCUCUGAUACACUUCAAACUAAAAUCACCCACGAUAUUGAUGAAUACGUAUCCACUAUACCUUCUGCGUAUCAAAAUGAGCGUGAACGUAUUGUUAAUGAAAUGAAUCGUGCCGUACCUGCGUCGUAUCUCGGUUUGACCUAUUCGGACUAUCCAGAUAUAAAUGGCGCAAAGGUAAAUGAGAUGGCACGAAGAUUAGUCACAUCGAAUGAAGCGAAACAACAAUUGAUCGACCGAAUUGAUAAACAAAUUGAUCCAAUAUUUAUAUCGCAAACAUCGACUUGGACUUCAUUAUCUCGUGAAACGGCUCGACCAGUCAUAAGAUCAUUCAUCGAGAAAAAUGUCAAUGAAAAAUUCAAUAGUCUUCGAUUAGAAUAA